AUGGAUUGUAAAUUGACUGUCACUGAAUUUGAACUUGACCACGGAGACACCAUUCAAGUGAGAGGGAAGACCUUGCCGUAUCCCAACGAGUUUUGCGUGAAUCUGGGUGAAGACUCUGACAAUCUCGUCCUUCGCUUCAACUCGCGCUUUGACAACCACAAAGACACAAGCACCAUUAUCUGCAUGUCCAAACGAGAUGGGGUGUGGGAGAAAGAAGAGAGGAUAACAGACUUCCCUUUUAAUCAAAGUCGCAAACUUAAGUUUUCCUGCACUUUUUCCCCUUAUGAGAUCCUGGUGCAGCUGGCUGACAACCCCAACACAAUCUUCCCUAAAUGGCUGGACAUGAAGAACAUCAAGUACAUUGCGGUGGAAGGAAACGUCAAGAUUGAAGCCCUCCGAUUUCUCAGAUUAUGCUAG